GUUAAUUGUACCCUUGACACAGAAUGGGAUUUAUUAGGCGCUGGUUUUGAUGAUCAAUUUUCUGGUUUUCGUUUCUGAAUUUUGAUGACGGAUAAUUGCAAACACGUCCUCAAAGUAAAGACAAGCAUCCAGUUAGGAAUACUCUCCCCCGAACACUGGCAUUGUAGCAGUUGCCAAACAACAGAAAGUGUUUGGGCCUGUCUGUCAUGCAGCAACUUUGCAUGUGGUCGUUAUAUUUCUGAGCAUGCGUUGCAACACUUUCGACAAACAAAUCAUCCUCUGUGUAUAGAUGUGAAUGAAAAAUUUGUAUACUGUUAUAUAUGUGAUGACUUUGUUCUCAAUGAUAACGCGCCGGGUGAUAUUAAACUUCUCCGCAUGGCUUUGGAUGCAGUCACUACUCAAGAUUUCGGCCAGCUUCUCAAACAAAAAAGAGGCAGACGAAUUCUUAGGUUCCGUGGUAAAAACGCUGAAAAGAACGGUUUACGUCUGUUAAAGGCAGAUGAUAUACAAGCUGCAGUUGUCCGAAACAGAAUUUCUUGUCUUUCAUGGGCAUUACAUCUUUGGUGGUCAAGGUAUGCUGAGUCGAGGCUUAACACAGUUAACCUCAAGAAAAAGACAAAAAGCAGAAAGAUACCUCUGACACUAACUCCUGCAUUUACAGGUUUGCGCAACUUGGGAAACACCUGUUACAUGAAUUCGAUAUUGCAGAUUUUACGUCACACUGCUCCUUUCGCUAAUUAUAUCAUGAACCAUACGUUAAGUGAAAUUAAUUCUCAUUCAAGGAAACGCCGCAGCCACCUUGAUGAUUCAUCGAUUGCAGACCCAGUGUGUCCUGUCAAGCGACAAGCAAUUACAUCACUAUUUUCGAAAAAUCAAGUGAUAAUAACUCACAGCUAUGAAAAUUUAUGGAGUUCACUACCUACCGAAACACCCUCAUGUUCUCCAAAUACAGAAAAUAGUUUUGGUCCUUCUUGUGAGCCCAACUUAGUUUCUGUAAAAAAGAAUAUCAUUCCUAAGUGCAAAUCCUUUGGUGGUUUAAAUGGCGGCCAGUGUCAGAAGUUUAUGUAUGACUGUUAUCAGCAAUCACCUUCCUCAUCGCUAGUUAAUCCGCAAGUAUCAUCAAUACCUUCUCUUUAUGAUGAAAUGCAUAAUUUAUUUAAGCUAUUAUGGUCAGGUCAAAGGUCUAUUGUCAGUCCAAGUAACCUCUUAAGUGUUGUUUGGGCCACCCUUCCAACGUUUAAAGGAUAUAAGCAACAAGAUGCCCAGGAAUUUUUGAGUUUGUUGCUUGACCGUUUACAAGCAGAACUACAUAGUGUUCCAAUGUCUGUCUCUGUCAGUGGUUGUGAUUUUAUCACCCGCGCUUUCCGUGGAUAUUCCGUGAGUCAUAUACAAUGCUCUACUUGUCAUGUAACCGCUUGUACUGAAGAGCCGAUUUAUGAACUUAGUCUUUCACUACCCACCAAAUGCCAUUCCGAUGAGUCGUGUACAUUUGAUAUUGUAGAUUUGCUUCGUCAGUUUGUUAGCCCCUCUCCGAUUGAUGGAGCCAGUUAUGCCUGUGUUAAGUGCAAUCAGUGUGCAGAAAUAAAUAAAGAAGAAACAGAUUUCACGGGACCGGCACUCAAUCAGUGCAGUUAUGAUUCAAAUGAUCAUUUAGGCAAUUUGUCUUAUCCUGUGAAUAAACUUAUAUCUGUCGCUCUGUCCAGGCUCGCAUCUCCAUCUUGUAGUCCUCAGUUAUCUUACCCUGAUUUCAGUACAUCAUGCGAGUUAACUGAAACUUUUUCCCUGUCAGAAAGUCCAUUAUCCGCCACUUCAAGUGUAACUGGCCUUGAAGAACAAUACACUAAUCCACCGAUUGAAGGAUCAUUCCAAAUUACUCAGCCAUCCGUUGUUCAAUCUGGUCUUGAAGAACAAUACACUAAUCCACCGAUUGAAAGAUCAUUCAAAAUUACUCAGCCAUCCGUUGUUCAAUCUGCAAUCAUCAAUUCACCUAAGAAUUCUCCAACUCCUCUUCCUAAGAACUCAUUAUUAACUCAUGCAACCCAAACAAUUCGCCUUUCUAAACUCCCACGAGUUUUGCGGUUACAUAUUAAACGCUUCCGUUGGGUUGGUAGACAAAGAGAAAAACUAACAUGUCAUGUAUCAUUUCCUCUUAUCUUGAAUAUGAGUGAAUUUGUGUUAAAUGAUGUAGACAGAGCAGAAUGUCAUCAGCCUCAUUUACACCAGACAAAAUCUGAUCAUAUAGAUGAACCUAAUGCCUCUAUCGAUAACUUAAACUGUCAUCAGUCGUCCAUAUUCACUUUGCCAAAAGAGUUUGAGAAAAGUUCACUUAAGUAUCUUUAUCACUUGACCGGUGUUGUCGUGCAUCAUGGGCGAGGGUUUCAAUCUGGUCAUUAUACCUCUUACUGUUUGAAUGAUAAUCCAGAGUGUUGGUUGCAUUGCAAUGAUGCUAAUGUAUCUUUAUGCGAUUUCUCAGAAGUAGCAUCAGCUCAGGCCUAUAUUCUAUUUUAUUCAGAGCUUAUGCCACGAACACCCUUUCCAAACUGGUAUAAAGAUUCCAUAGCUUCUGUUAGUCCCUACAGCACAACGCCUUGUUCUGUUUCAGAACCCGAAUCAUUAAAAAAUCAGUCUAACAGUCCAUCAUGUUCUAACAAUCAUGAAAGUACUUGUAAAAAUUACCAAGACAAUUCUGUAUUACAGGAAAAAGAAUCAAAAACAUAUUCAACCAGAAGUUAAAAUGUAGUUAUAACCCAAGUAAUUCCUUUUUUUAAUGCAUUUAUAUUUGAUGUGUAUAUCGCAUUCAAAAGUUCGUUGUAAAAUUGGAAUCAUUAUUUUCUUUUAGUCAUUUGCCUCUAUACUAAUCAUCCAUAUGGAUUAGUAUUAUUGAAAAUUUUAAUACAUCUAGUCCCUUGUAAAACACUGCAUUUCUUUUUCCUAUAUGUAUUUUAAUUUUGUAAACCAAUUAUCUUCUUAUAGAGGCUUUUUUGCGCCUGAUUCCAGUCUAUUGUUGUGUUUUCUAAUGUGUGACCUGUAUGUAUAACACAUUCAGUUUUUAUAUACAUAAUUAUGACAUAUAUUUAAUUUUCUUUGUUAAUGAUGAGUGUUUUUUAUUUAUUAUUUAUACAGUUAUUGUUGUUAUCUAACCAACUUUUGUGUGAUAUGAUCACCGAGUUUUUCGUGUGUGCAAUAAUUAAAAAAAAAGAUAUAUUCUUAAUAAAAUUAUAUCUCCUACUAAAUUACAGUAUCAUUGAUAAUAGAUGUUUUUUUUGGGGGGGGAAGGAAGAAAAUUCAACACCAAUUGUUUGCUACUCUUUUUAUGAUUAUGUUUCAGUUGUUGUUAUUACCUAUAGUAUGUUGUCGUUUACAUUCAUUCAAUUUCUAACACAUUCCCUUCUUAUAAUUAAUUUUCUUUUGUUUUGGUCGAAAUUAACUUUCCUAUUGUAUUUAUGUGUAUAUAACUGCUUCACUGGUUCUAGUUUGACUUUUGUCUAAAGUUGAUGGCAAAAUAAAGUCUAUAAAUUUCGAUAGUAAA